AUGAGUGUGAAUCAUAUGAAACUGAAAGAAUAUACUGAUGAACCACCACCCCUGAGGCACCACCGAAGCACCACCGAUGCACCACUGAAGCACCACCAAAGCACCACCAAAGCACCACCAAAGCACCACCAAAGCACCACCAAAGCACCACCAAAGCACCACCAAAGCACCACCAAAGCACCACCAAAGCACCACCAAAGCACCACCAAAGCACUACCGAAGCACCAUCGAAGAACCACCGAAGCACCACCAAAGCACCACCAAAGCACCACCAAAGCACCACCAAAGCACCACCAAAGCACCACCAAAGCACCACCAAAGCACCACCAAAGCACCACCAAAGCACCACCAAAGCACUACGGAAGCACCACCGAAGCACCACCGAAGCACCACCGAAGCACCACCGAAACACCACUGAAGCACCACCGAAGCACCACCGAAGCACCAACGAAGCACCACCGAAGCACCACUGAAGCACAACCGAAGCACAACCGAAGCACCAUCGAAGCACCACCUAAGCACCACAGAAGCACCACCGAAGCACCAUCGAAGAACCACCGAAGCACCACCAAAGCACCACCGAAGCACCACCGAAGUACCACCGAAGCACCACCAAAGUAG